UGUGCUUAACUCCAUUAAACUUGACAAAACAGGGCAGAAAGCCUUUAAUUCCAGUAAUAAUCCAUUUCAUUCACCACAUGCCAAACUCUCCGCUCUACUGAGAUAUUCUACCAGGAUCUCACUUUGCAACUUCAUACGCAGUCCAGAAACGAGUCAUCCAAUAAAAAGGAAUAUCUGACAAAAGCAGUUUAUUAAAAUAAAAUAUAAUAUUUAAAGCAUGCGAGAAUAUUUCGUAGCAACCCAAACAAAUUCUCAAUUGGUUCGGGACUGUAUAAUUCAAUUCUAUAUAUAAGACAUUUUUAUCUCUGUAAAUUAAUCAAAUUGAAACUAAUUACUUGAACAUUUGAAUGCACCUGCGCAUUACUUUUGAGCCUAUACUUAGCUUAUGCAUUUGUCAGUUGUGACAUAGAGUGUUAGAUCAUCAGCCUUACAAUUAUUUACCCAUUUGUACAACAGGAUAUUCUUAUUCUAUCAAUUCUAUCAAUUUAGGGUACCUUGAUCAAGGGUACUAAAACAGGAGUGGGAUUCAAACCAAAAACUUUAGGAUUGCAUGGCAAUUGCUCUAACAGGGACACUCCCCGGUGCACUAAAAAAAAUUAAGCUAAGCAUACACCUGUAGCUGUAUAUUGCCAGCAUCAUUAUACCUUUAGUUUGUUUUUCCUCACGGAUGUGUCUUUUUGAGAGAAAACACUGGUGUACAAUGCCCAGUUGGACGUGCUGAAGCCUAGAAGCGGACACUUGUAGAAGUGUUUAAAAAUGGAGCGGGUUGCGAAGGUCAGUGUUAGAGUGUGUGUGUGUCUCUCUCUCUCUCUGUCUCUGGAGGACCCAGCUGGCCCCAUGGCCCCAGACACACACCACCUUCACAGUGAGCAGAGCACGGGUCCCAUUGGCUGUCCAUUCCUAGAUCAGCCCAGACAUCAGAUACAAAACGUGGAGAACUGCCCCUCUCAGCUACAAGGUGGAGGAGGGCACACGGCACACCAGCUCCAGCCAGGAACGACUUGUCACUCGGUGGACGCCGAUCGCUCGCCCAGCAAGUCAUCUUCAGUGUCGGGGAAGCUCCUGCCACCUCUCAUCCAGUGUGUCUGCAGGUGAUGAGAUCGCAUCCGAAAGAGGAGCUGCUGGGAGGUGCGCUUUGAACAGCUGCUUCGCCGCGCGGCGUGAUCACGAUCAUGGCUCCCUGCGAACACGCGUGCGCCCUUCUGCUGGCCCUCGCCUCUCUGCUCGGGGCCGGCGCGUCGGGCCAACGCGCGGAUAACGAGCUGCAAGCGGAGGACGCGCGGGAGCCGCUGCUACGGGACACGGUGUCGGAGCACAUGAAGAGUCUCUAUGAGAAGUACAGCGCGGCGGGCUUUCGCUUCAAGGAUGGAAACACGGUGCGCGCCUUCAGGGCGCUCGCGGGUACUGUGGAGGGUGAGCAGCUGCAGAUAUUCAACCUAAGCUCCCUGUCCGGGUCCGAACGCAUUCUCUCGGCCACUUUGCACUACUACGUAGGAGAGCUGCGGAACGGCACGCGCUCGUGCGCGAGACCCAGCAACACGUGCGGCCCUCGCGGACCCGGAGCGCAGCGUCACGUUCAGCUCGGCAUCCGGAGCUUCGCCUCCGUGGAUAACAAAACGAGAACUCUGGGGCGCUUUCGCCUCAACGCGUCCGCGCUGCACGGCGACUCCACGUCGUGGCAGUGGAGGGACAUCACGCGCGCGGUGGACCAGGGCAAAGCGCACGACCGCUUUCUGAUCGCGGUCGGCGUCGUCGAGCCGCGAGGACGCGGACCUUGGGGAAAGCUGCUCUCGGGCCGCCCCCCCUACAUUCUGGUGUACGCCAACGACUCCGCCAUCUCCGAGCCCGAGAGCGUCGUUUCCACGCUGCGGGGGAACAAAGGAAGCGCGCCGCUCGCGCCGCCGGGUCUCGAGAAGCUGCAGCAGCAGGUGCUCGCGCGCAACGCCAACGGCACGGCGGCGCGCAGGACGAAGCGCUCUGCCAGCAGCAGCACCAGCCUCAGCAGCAGCAGCACCGGCGGCGGCAGCAUCCUGCUGCCGCUGCAAAACAACGAGCUGCCGGGCCCGGAGUAUCCGUACAGCACUACCGCCUGGGAGGAGAGCGGCCCGUACGAGCCGCUGGAGAACAAGGCGGCCAAGCGGCCCAGGAAGAAGCUCCGCAAGAACCAGAGCCGGCAGCACAAAGUAGAGUCGACGAUGCCGCUGCUGCAGUUCGACGAGCGCACGAUAAAGAAAGCGCGCAAGAAGCAAUGGAACGAGCCGAGGAACUGCGCCCGUAGGUACCUCAAGGUGGACUUCGCCGACAUUGGCUGGAGCGAGUGGAUUAUCUCCCCGAAGUCUUUCGACGCGUAUUACUGCUCGGGGUCCUGCGAGUUCCCGAUGCCGAAGUCACUGAAACCCUCGAACCAUGCGACCAUCCAGAGCAUCGUGAGGGCUGUUGGCGUGGUGCCUGGUAUCCCAGAGCCCUGCUGCGUGCCCGAGAAGAUGUCCUCCCUCAGCAUCCUGUUCUUCGACGAGGACAAGAACGUGGUGCUCAAGGUCUACCCCAACAUGACCGUGGACUCCUGCGCAUGCAGAUAAAACAAAAGCCCAUCCAGCAUAUUCUCACGACACUUGUUAUUGCACUGGAAGAGAGACUGCAUCUCGGUAGCUAACUAGAGAUGAAUAAUGACAGACAUGAUCUCGUGAAGACUGUCUUCCACUUGGAUGCUUGAAGCUUAACCAUUCUCUGACUGGAUGGAACGAGCCCUCAUUAUUCACAGUCAUAAUUAAAUGGAUAAUUUAGUGACCACAAAAGGGCACACCACAGAUUCGUUUUUUUUUUUUUCUUUUUUAACCAGAAAGUUAAUCACACUAUAACAGACCUGUUGCCUUUGCCUUUUUUUUUUUUUAAAUUUAUUAAAAAAAGGCAGUAACCGAGUUAGGAUUCGAACCUAGGAUUUGAGGCUAUUUCUGGUGGGAAUAACGCCUCUUUACUCAGCCUCCGUGUGUAAAUUGUGACACAGCCUGUCUGCACGCGUUACGGAUGCUGGUAUUUCCACCUUUUGAGCUUUGCGCUUGACGGUCAACCUCUCGUUUUAUUCCUCCCUCAUCCUCUCUGUUACGGUUAUUAA